AUGAACAACCAGCAGGUCCUGAAGUUCAAUGGAACUCAUAUAAGAAACAUCCAUCACUUAGCACACCUCAUUGACAUGUGCAAAGAUAAGUAUCUGGUUUUUGAGUUUGAAGACAAUUAUGUCGCCGUGUUGGAGAGAGAAGCUUCGAAUUCGGCUUCUUUGUGCAUCCUCAAAGAUUAUGGAAUUCCCUCAGAAAGAUCCGCUGAUUUGCGUGAGCCAUAUGUAGAUCCAAUAGAUGACACCCAAGCACUUGACCAAGGUUUUGGUGACAGCCCUGUGUCAAAUCUUGAAAUUGGCUUCGAUGGACUGGUGUGGGCAUAA